AUGUCUUGGUACCAAAAGAACUUUUCGCUGCCCGCAAAAUCGCGCGGGUCCUACCUCAUCACGGACACCGUCGUGCGCGAACUGCCCGCGAUCAAAGACUACAAGGUCGGCCUGCUGCACCUCUUUAUCCAGCACACCAGCUGUGCUCUCAGCCUCAACGAGAACUGGGAUUCGGACGUGCGGGCCGACAUGAGUGACGCGCUCGACCGCAUUGCGCCUGAGAAAGGGCCCAAGGGCGAGGCGCUGUACCGGCACGACGCCGAGGGCCCUGACGACAUGCCGGCGCACGUCAAGAGUGCGCUGGUGGGCGCAAGCGUGACGAUUCCGAUUUCCAACGGCCAGCUGGCCACCGGUACAUGGCAGGGCAUCUGGUAUCUGGAGUUCCGGGCGCACAAGCAAACGCGACACAUUGUGGCGACGAUCCAAGGCGAGAAGGCAUGA